UUCGUGGACCUGGAGCCCACCGUGAUUGAUGAGGUUCGGGGAGGAGUCUACCGGCAGCUCUUCCACCCUGAGCAGCUCAUUACUGGCAAGGAGGAUGCUGCCAACAACUACGCCCGUGGGCACUACACCAUUGGCAAAGAGAUCAUUGAUCAGGUGCUGGACAGGAUCCGUAAGCUGGCUGACCAGUGCACAGGCCUCCAGGGAUUCCUGGUGUUUCACAGUUUUGGAGGUGGCACUGGCUCUGGAUUCACCUCCCUGUUGAUGGAGCGACUCUCCGUUGAUUAUGGCAAGAAGUCCAAGCUGGAAUUC